AUGCGACCGCAGGGCGCCGUGUUCGCCGAGUCGGCGAAAAACCGCGAGAGCGUGAUGAGCCUGGGCAGUAUCGCCCACCUACAGUACUACUUUGCGAGAACCGGCCUGCUGGACGGCAAGGGCGGCCAGUUGGCGCGAGCGAAGAAGGCCAGAGGGUCGGAUAUCCCGAAGUUUAUGGUCACGCAGCAUGCGCAGUUUGGCGAGGAUUUGAUCGAGAGCCCCGUCGAGGAGAUCAGUGAUAUUGCCGAGGAGUGGGACGAGUCGGAGCCCCUGAUGCUGCCCCCGACCGUCAGCACCUACAGCGUGCGCACGCACCAUCUGCCGCCAUUGGUAGAUAUCGAGAAACUCAGAAAGGAUUUGCAGUCCGCCCUGGACAAAGCUAGAACCGUCUUGACUGCUACGAAGGACGAGCUGGCGGCUCAUACGGCGGCGUCUCCCUCGCGUGAUCAGACGCCUGACGCGUUGUCGGAUGCCGGGGAGGAAGUUCUGGAGAGACCUGUGCCCCCGAAACCACCGCAAGGAUGGCAUGAGAUUGAAGGCAUGCACAUCCUUGAUAUGGUGACCCUUGCUAUUCGAGCCGCCAGGGUUUACUACACCUCUCACGAGAAUCCGGUACGGCUGGACUCAAUCAAGAGCGAGAAGAAGAUACGAGAAGAACUACUGAGUGUUUUAGACGUGCUCAAGAAAUGGGCGGGGCGAAAUUUCUCGGGUGGCCUGAGAAGCGAGGAAAGGGAGACCAUGCUUGCAUGGAUCUCGGGAGUGGAGGUCAUGAUCGAAGACGAACGGGCGCUGGAGGCCAGUGAUACGCAGAGGCGAGCGAGUUGGGCGUGGGCCACGGGCGACUGGUCGGGGCGGGAGCGGGAGAGAGAGCGGAUGUUCCUGCAAAGCUUUGAGAAGACCGAUGAAACAAUGCCCCCCUGGGAGGCGGUUGACAGCAGCAGCGCGCUGCCGACGGCGUUUCUGAGUCGCUGGCAAGACGGGCGCCGCCUGGUGCGGUUGCAUAACGCGGCCGUUAGGGCGUCGAAACGGCCGUUUGGGGAGAUCCGGACGUUCCACGAGGACGUGCGGAAGCCGUACCGGAUGGCGGACAACAUUCGCUACUGGGUGAAGGCAGCCGAGAUCCGGUGGGAGGUCAAACUCGAGGUCGACGCGUUGGCGGUGGUCAAUGGAGACAGCGCGGCGGCCUGGCGGCAGCUCGAUGUCGCGCUGCUUGACUGGUGCCAAAGCGUGCGCGGCGAACUGAUGCGAGACUGGAGCAGCAACAACAACAACCACCAUCACAGCAGCGUGCAAACGGCGCUCGCCACCGCUCUCCCCAACGACGACGAUGAGGAGCAUGAGCCCGAGCAGUGA